UGCUGUUGUCAUUGGACAGCGCUGUAGUUUUACCGGUAGGUGGUAAAACUACAUUACCAUGAUAGUAUUCAGGUAGAAAGCGCAAGGGGAGGCUGUUUACCUAACUAAAUAGAUAACAACGUAUCUAAUUAACAAUAAAGUUUUAUCUAUUUUGCUAAUUCGAUCAAACGUGCUGCAUGAGUGUCAGUGAAUAUCCUCUUUACUACCUACUAUGAGAUUUCUAUAGCCAGUGUGCGUGAAUGUGAUAUGCUGACAUCAGCCGGUGAUCGACCGCUUCUGGCGCCACGUCAUGACGCUCCUCGCCGACUCCCUUGUCGUGUUGGUGUCAGGAUGCGGUUUUUUUGCAGGAGGAUCGAUCUUCUUCAUGAAGCAGUUGUUCAAGAACUACGAAAUACAGGAUCGACUCGUACAGCUCUUAUUUGCAGCGGUUUUCACGUUAUCCUGUCUAAUGUUCGAACUUAUCAUUUUUGAAAUUGUAGGCGUGCUUGAGUCGAGCUCACGGCUGUUUCACUGGAAGCUUAUAUUGUUUACGAUGCUCGUGAUGCUCAUUCUCGUCCUGCCAUUCUAUAUUGGCUGUCUAACUAUACAAAAUACGCCGUUUGUUCAGACGCAGGCUGCACGAAUCAUUCUAACGAUUACUGCCUAUCUCAUCUUCGUAUUCGCGUUUUGGAAGGUGGGUGACAAUUUUCCCAUUCAUAAUCCGAAGCAUGGCAUUUUCGGCAUGGAGCAGGUGAUCUCUCGGGUUGGCGUUAUUGGAGUGACGGUGAUGGCGUUACUUUCUGGAUUUGGAGCAGUCAACUAUCCGUACACAUCGAUGGCGUACUUUAUGCGACCGGUUUUACCGACUGACGUAGCUUCGUUAGAAAAAAAACUUAUACAGACGAUGGAAAUGAUUGCCAAAAAGAAGAAACGCAUUGUGCUGGGACUGAAGAGUCAAGCCGCAGCAAAUCGUUCGUUUAGUGGACUCUGGGAUGUGAUUCGAAGUAUGUCGAUCACUCCGACUGGACAGUCGGAGAAUAUUGGCCAACUGCGUCAGGAGGUUCGCGCACUCGAGGAGAUGUCGCGUCAAUUAUUUCUCGAAAACGUCGACCUUCAUGGGGCACUUGAGCGAAUCGAGUGGUCAAAAACGUUUAAAGGGAAAUACUUCAAUUUUCUCGGCUACUUCUUUUCGGGUUACUGCACGUGGAAGAUCUUCAUUUGCACGAUCAACAUAAUUUUCGAUCGAGUCGGAAAAGUGGACCCGGUAACGCGCGGGAUGCAAAUCGCCGUCGACUGGAUAGGUCUUAACGUCGACAUCAAGUUCUGGUCACAACAUAUCUCGUUCUUGUUAGUGGGUAUCAUUGUCGUAACUUCAAUUCGAGGGUUCCUCAUAACGCUGACGAAAUUUUUUUAUGCGAUUGCGUCCUCGAAAUCGUCAAAUAUUAUUGUUCUCCUUUUGGCCCAGCUAAUGGGCAUGUAUUUUGUAUCAUCCAUCCUCCUAAUGCGCAUGAACAUGCCACCAGAGUAUCGAAGCAUAAUCACCGAGGUUCUUGGUGAGCUACAGUUUAGUUUCUAUCAUCGGUGGUUCGAUGUGAUCUUUUUGUUCAGCGCGUUAUUCAGCAUCUUCUUCCUCUAUCUAGCGCAUAAGCAGGCGCCUGAAAAAGAUGCUAUUCUUUAAACAUAACCCUCGCAAUCCAAGAUGCAAGAAUAAUUUAUAAAUUGCUACGAUUACUGCUACUAUUAUUUUCAUAGGUUGUAUAAAUAUAUAUUCUGUGAAUGCGGCUAGUGCGUAUUCUGAAAUCAGCGUAUCAGACCACGCCAUCUACGCAUUUCACGGAAAAAACGCAAAUAACACGGGCAACAAACGACGGAACUAAGGCGCAAAAUAAGGAUGGGGUGCCUUCUUGUUUUGUAGGGAACAGAAACUAGUGCAAGCCACUCGUUAGAGGUUACCAGGACUACUUCGCGGUUUAAGCGCAAUAUCUAGCCGGUGUUAUUGUGUAUACUUAUAUGUAAUUUUUAAUAAAUGUGAUAUAAAU